UUAAAUAUGUGUCAACCACAGAACUCACACUAACUGACAGCAAGUUGACUCACUGUACAAGACUUCUCCCCUUCAAUUCACUCUACUGCAGGGUGGGAGAUGCAACAAUGGCCUUGAGAACAGCAGGAAGUGUGCUGGUGGUCUUUCUCUGGUCUGUGACAGUGGUACUGAGUCAGAAAGGCUGGAGUGUUACCUACACCAAGAAGAGUAUCUGUACCUUGAAGGGGUCAACAGUGGAGAUGUCCUGCUCUUACACAUAUCCCAGUGGUACAGUCACAACAACCUUCUGGUUCACUAAAAAGUAUGCUGUGGAGAAUUAUGUAAAUCUGAGAAAGGACCCAGACUACAAAGGUCGUGUGACGUACCGUAGUGAUAAGACGAAUGGACACACCCUGACAAUCACAGACCUGAGAGAGAGUGACUCAACUGAGUACAAAUUCAGAUUUAUAACAGAUCAGACCAGAGGGAAAUAUACUGGUGAUCCUGGAGUCACUUUGUCUGUUACAGGUCUUCAGGUGAAGGUGACUGGUGGACAUCAGGAUAAGACACUGACCUGUAGCACCACCUGUACUCUGACUGACAACCCCACCUACAUCUGGUACAAGAAUGGACAACAUCUAGAUGAGAGCACCUCCCCCCAGUACAAAGACUCAGUCUCCAGGAACUAUGAUGACAGUUACUCCUGUGCUGUAAAAGGCCAUGAGAAUCUCCUCUCUCCUGCAGUUUAUGGACCAAGGAACACCUCAGUGUCAGUCAGUCCCUCUGGUGAAAUAGUGGAGGGCAGUUCAGUGACUCUGACCUGCAGCAGUGAUGCCAACCCACCUGUCCAGAGUUACACCUGGUGGUACAAGAAGAAUGGAGGUGACUAUCAGAGUAUGACAGGACCACAGCAUGUCUUCAGUCAAAUCCAGUCAUCUGACACUGGAGAGUACUACUGUGAGUCCCAGAAUGAGAUGGGGACAGACUGGUCUAGGACCAUUAACAUGGAUGUGAAGUAUGGCCCAAAGAACACCUCAGUGUCAGUCAGUCCCUCUGGUGAAAUAGUGGAGGGCAGUUCAGUGACUCUGACCUGCAGCAGUGAUGCCAACCCACCUGUGGACAAAUACACCUGGUACAAGAAGAACGUAACCUCACCAAAAGCAUCAGGACAGAGUUACACCAUCCAUAACGUCAGCUCUGAGGACAGAGAGGGAUACUACUGUGAGGCUCUGAACAUUAUAGGAGAGAGACUAUCCCUGUCCAUAUUAAUGUUACAUAUCCUGCAGCAGUGUUUUCCUGGGUUCCUGUGAUGGGGGUGGGGGCUGUCCUGACUGCUGGAGCUCUGCUACUCACCAUCUACUGCUAUAUGAAGAGGAGAUCCACAGGAGGAAGUGAUGCCACAGCAGACACACAGAGUUUCCAUCCUGAUCCUAACAGUGAGACGUACACAGCUCUGAACAUGAAGACCAGGUCACCAGAGUACGACACCCUGGCGAAUGUGAGGGACUUCGCAGUGACACAGCCCCUCAAAUAGACACUUAGCCCUCCAAUUAUGAAAACUUCAGAGAACCAUCACAGAACCUGGACUGAAGAGAACCACCACAUAACCUGGAUUGAAGAGCUACAGCAUCAAACCAAAGCUAGGCCUCACAAUGCUAUUCACGUACUAUCAUAUUGCUUUCUUAUCUAUUAGGUUUUCCAGACAAUGACCUUUAACUUUUGAGUGAAUGCUGGAAUUUAGAUUGUUCUCCUAAUGAUAAAUACAGUAUGUAUAUAGAUGAUCAAUACAGUAUGUAUAUAGAUGAUCAAUACAGUAUGUGUAUAGAUGAUCAAUACAGUAUGUGUAUAUAUGAUCAAUACAGUAUGUGUAUAGAUGAUCAAUACAGGAUGUGUAUAGAUGAUCAAUACAGUAUGUAUAUAGAUGAUAUAUACAGUAUGUAUAUAGAUGAUAUAUACAGUAUGUGUAUAGAUGAUCAAUACAGUAUGUGUAUAGAUGAUAAAUACAGUAUGUAUAUAGAUGAUAUAUACAGUAUGUAUAUAGAUGAUCAAUACAGUAUGUAUAUAGAUGAUCAAUACAGUAUGUGUAUAGAUGAUAAAUACAGUAUGUAUAUAGAUGAUAUAUACAGUAUGUGUAUAGAUGAUAUAUACAGUAUGUGUAUAGAUGAUCAAUACAGUAUGUGUAUAGAUGAUAAAUACAGUAUGUAUAUAGAUGAUAUAUACAGUAUGUAUAUAGAUGAUCAAUACAGUAUGUAUAUAGAUGAUAUAUACAGUAUGUGUAUAGAUGAUCAAUACAGUAUGUGUAUAGAUGAUCAAUACAGUAUGUGUAUAGAUGAUCAAUACAGUAUGUGUAUAGAUGAUCAAUACAGUAUGUGUAUAGAUGAUCAAUACAGUAUGUAUAUAGAUGAUAUAUACAGUAUGUGUAUAGAUGAUAUAUACAGUAUGUGUAUAGAUGAUCAAUACAGUAUUUGUAUAGAUGAUCAAUACAGUAUGUGUAUAGAUGAUCAAUACAGUAUGUGUAUAGAUGAUAAAUACAGUAUGUAUAUAGAUGAUAUAUACAGUAUGUGUAUAGAUGAUAUAUACAGUAUGUGUAUAGAUGAUCAAUACAGUAUGUGUAUAGAUGAUCAAUACAGUAUGUGUAUAGAUGAUCAAUACAGUAUGUGUAUAGAUGAUCAAUACAGUAUGUGUAUAGAUGAUCAAUACAGUAUGUGUAUAGAUGAUCAAUACAGUAUGUGUAUAGAUGAUCAAUACAGUACGUAUAUAGAUGAUCAAUGGAAUAGAUUAUGCUUCUGCUCUUUUUCUAUAAGAUUUUGUCAUUUCCAGAUUUGAUUACAUUUCACGUCGAAAUAUGUUGAACUAUUCAUUAGCUCUGCUCCUUCAGGGUAGCAGUAAACUAUACCACUCCCCCAGCAGGAACACAGAACCUAACAGGUGGAGGCUAGGGUGGUGGGAGGAGCUAAAAGCCAGCUCAUAAUAGCAGCAAGUGGCAGCAGGAUGAGUGAGCAGACCUGGUCAUCCUAAAUAGACUGCCAAAUAAGGUAGGCGUAUGUCACGCCUUGACCUUAGUUAUCUUUGUUUUCUUUAUUAUUUUGGUUAGGUCAGGGUGUGACAAGGGUGGUUUGUUUAGUUUUUGUAUUGUCUAGGGGUUUUUGUAUGUCUUGGGGUAUUUCUAGUCUAGGAGUUUAUAUGUCUAUGGUUGCCUAGAUUGGUUCUCAAUCAGAGGCAGCUGUUUAUUGUUGUCUCUGAUUGGGGACCAUAUUUAGGUAGCCAUAUUCUUCUGAUAUUUUGUGAGUUGUUAUUCUAUGUUCAGUUGCCUGUUUUGCACUAGCCAUAUAGCUUCACGGUUCGUUUUGUUGUUUUGUAUAGUUUUGUUCAGUGUUCUCUCUUUCAUUAAAGAGUUAUGUACGCUUACAA